AGGAGGGAGGGAAGGAGGGAGCGGAAUUAGUCAGUGAUAGAGGGAGGAGAGGAGGAGAGGCGGAGAGGCGGCGGGUGUUCUGCCGAGGUGGACGUGGCGGGUCCGGCGGAGUCAGCUACAAGUGACGAACCGAGGAACAGCCGAGCCAUGAACCGGACCGCCCGCAGCAGCCAAAAUGUGACCGACUGGAUCAGGACAUGCACGUUCGUGGGUCGGGCCGCGGUUCUGGACGUUAAAGCGGAGGAAACAAGGCUGGUCCCAGUCAGCUGUGGGUGGUGACAUCAGCGCGGCGAGGAGACGCUCAGGGACCUCCCGGCUCCUCCCCUCUCAGGACCGGCAGCCUUCAGAGGAGGAGGAGCUUAGUGACCUCAUCGAUCCUUCAGGACAGGUGUUGAACCAGAGAAAGGUGAGGAGGUUUAGCUCCGCCCCUCACCAUGACAGACUUAGAGACUGAGUGUUUGAGCCUCGGCUUGCCGCCUGAGUGCGGCUCGCCUCCGCCGCCUCUGGACGCCUCCCUGCAGGUGGACUGCGGCCCGGGGCCCGCCUCCUCGGCUCCGGCGCCGACGCUGGCCUUGCUGUCGUCUGACUGCCCCACGCCCACGCUCAGCUCGCUGGCGGCGGAAAUCGUGGAGCCGCUCGUGAUGCUGCCGUGUGUGAAGAGCGAGCCGGAGGACGGCGAGCUGGAGCCCAUCCGGACCGUGGACCUGUCCGAGAUCCAGCCGCUGUCCACCGCCGAGCUGGGCCAGGACCAGAUCAAGAUGGAGAUCAGCGGCCUCGACUACAUCAAGUCUGAGCAUCACGGUCACCACGGCAACCACCACCUGGGACACUUCCACCACGCCGACGUCUCAGAGCUCGACUACAAGUCCCACUACGAGCCCAGCUCCGUGUUCGACUACAUCUCCCAGGUGACGGACACUCUGGAGUACAUCAAGUCGGACCACCACGUGGAUCUUCAGUGUUAUUACACCACCGAGUCGAGCGCCAUGUCUCACCACCUGCAGCACAACGGGCUGGAGUCCAUCCACAUGGCCGAGCUGCGCACCGAGCUCAACAAGCUCCGCCCCGACGCGCUGCUGAUGGACGGCAUCGGUAAACUGGACGCCGAGUUCGGAGGGGGGGCGCUGUACGAGCUGCAGCCAGCUCACGAGGGGAAGACGGCGGCCGAGGUGGCGGCGGCGACCGCCGGUCUGACGGUCACGACCAAAAGCCAGAACCCGACGGUGAGGAAACCUCGGAACAUGCAGGGCGAGAAGCCGUUCUCGUGCACGCAGUGCGGGAAGAACUUCAGCACGCUGGGAAACCUGAAGACUCACCAACGCAUCCACACCGGCGAGCGGCCGUACACCUGCUCGCAGUGCGGCAAGAGCUUCGGCCAGGCGGGAAACCUCAAACGACACCAGCUGAUCCACACGGGCCAGAAGCCGUACGUGUGCGCGCACUGCCCCAAAGGCUUCACCAAGGCCGACGACCUGCGCUCGCACCAGCGGCUGCACACCGGCGAGCGGCCGUUCAUCUGCGUCACCUGCGGGAAGAGCUUCGGCCAAUCGAAGGAGCUGAAGGCGCAUCAGCUGAGCCACACGGGCGAGCGGCCGUUCUGCUGCCAGCACUGCGGCAAGAGCUUCAGCAAAGAGACCAGCUACCGCAACCACGUCCAGAUCCACACGGGCGAGAAGCCCUUCACCUGCUCGCAGUGCGGGAAGACUUUCAGCAACUCGGGCGUCUUAAAGACCCACGAGAAGAUCCACUCGGGCGAGCGGCCGUUCGGCUGCACGCAGUGCGGGAAGAGCUUCGGACGCCUCGGACACCUGAAGGCUCACCAGCAGAUCCACACGGGCGAGCGGCCGUACGCCUGCCCCCACUGUGGCAAGACUUUCAGCCAAUCGGGUCACCUCAAAGCGCACGAGCAGAUCCACAAACGCGAGCGGGCCGACACGGCGAGCAGCAGCAGCAGCAGCACCGUGGGCUCGGACAGCAGCUAGAACUCGACGACCUUUAACCUCUCGGAAAAACAAAGUAUUAUUCCUCUUUUUUAUAAAUGCGAUAUAUUUCUUUUCCUUUACGACUUUUUUACGUUUUCAUACUUUUGCAUCGUAUCUGUGGGCGGGGUCGACUUAUGCAAGCGUCCGUGUGUGUGUGUUCAUGUCGUACUGUGUGUCUGUGAUACUGAUCUCUCACCUGGUCCAGGACCAGAACCACAACCAGGACCCAGUACUUAUUUUUGGAGUACUUACUGAGACACAAGCACAAAUACUUCAGUAACCGCGUGUGAGUACUUUGUUUGUUUGUUUGUUUGUUUUUUACUGAACCAGAACCAGCAGCUCCAGAACCAGAACCCCGUCUACUGACCACGACCCAUCAGAGAGGUUUCAUCAGG